CUUUCUGUUUCUUAUAGAAAAAAAUGGCUCCUACUCCCAAGACUCCAGUUGACCCUAACGCAGCAGGUCCAAUGCUUCGUUAUCAAAAAAACCUCCCUAAACUUCCAGUACCUAAACUUUCAGAAACUCUUCAAAAGUACCUGAAGACUGUUCACCCACUCUUAACACCUGAAGAGUAUAAGCGCACAGAAGAGGCUGUCAAGGACUUUGAAAAACCUGGUGGCCUUGGUCAAGAACUCCAACGUCGUUUAGUCGCUCGUGCUCAGGAUCCCAACAUGGUCAACUGGAUGGAAGAAUGGUGGCUCGAUCAAGCUUAUAUGGGCUACCGUGAUCCCGUUGUUGUCUAUGUAUCUUACUUUUAUGCUUACAAAGACGACAAGUUCCGUAAGAUACCUGCUCAACGUGCUGCUGCUAUCACCACAGCUGCUCUUGAAUUCAAGAAACAAGUAGUCGAACAUACAUUGGAACCUGAAUAUGCAAAGGGCGAACCCAUGUGUAUGGACUCUUACAAAUACAUGUUUAACAACUGUCGUAUUGCUCAUAAGCCAAGUGAUUUGGCUGCUUCUUUUGACCCUUUCAAGAACACACAUAUUGUUGCUAUUCGUAAGAACAAAUUCUACGUAAUUGAUACAGUGCAUCAAGGUGUCCAAUUAAGUACAAAAGAAUUACAAGCUCAAUUUGAGCGUGUGAUUGAUCAAGCUGGUGAUAUCAAGGGUAUUCCUGUUGGUGUAUUGACUUCUGAGAACCGUGAUAAAUGGACAGAUCACCGUGAUUUGUUAUUAGCUGCUAAUCCUAUUAACAAACAAGUGAUGAGCAAGAUUGAAACUGCUUCUUUUGUUGUCUGUCUUGAUGAUUUGACUCCCAAUACCCGUGAUGAAUUCUGCCGUGCCAACUGGCAUGGUGAUGGUCGCAAUCGCUUCUAUGACAAGCCACUUCAAUUCAUUGUGUUUGAAAACGGUAAGGCUGGUUUCAUUGGUGAACAUUCUUGUAUGGAUGGCACUGCUACUUGUCGUUUGAAUGAAUAUGUUUGUGACGGACUUGCAAAGAACCGUAUUCAACAUGGUUCUGACCAAGUGCGUUCUCUUCCUCAGCCUGAAGAAAUCACUUUUGUUCUCAACAAAGAGAUUGAAAAUGCUAUUCAGUCUGCUGAACAAGAUUUUGAUGAACUUAUUGCCAAGCAUGAAAUGACUGUGCUUGCUUACAAUGCUUUUGGUAAGAAUUUGAUCAAGAAAUUCAAGUGCUCUCCUGAUGGUUUUGCUCAAAUGGCUAUUCAACUUGCUUAUUACAAAAUGUUUGGCGUUUCUCGUCCUACUUACGAGUCUGGUCAAACUCGUAAAUUCCAACGUGGUCGUACGGAGACUUGUCGUUCUGUCUCUGAUGAGUCUGUUGCCUUUGUCAAGGCCUUUGAAGACCCUUACUUGUCUGAUGCUCAAAAAAUCGCUACUUUGCGUGCUGCCUUAAAAUCUCAAGGCGCCCACAUGUCCAUGGCUGUCAAUGGCCAUGGUGUUGACCGUCACCUGUUUGGUUUGAAGAACAGCUUGAAGUCUGGAGAAGAAAAGCCUGCUCUAUUUACUGAUCCUGCAUUUGCUUAUUCUUCUCAUUGGUACUUGUCUACUUCACAAUUAUCUUCUGAGCAUUUUGAUGGUUAUGGUUGGGGUCAAGUUGUCAAUGAUGGUUUUGGUGUGGCUUACAUGGUUAAGAACAAUGCACUUCAAUUCAAUAUCGCUAGUGUUAAGGAUCUUGAAGUACACGGCAAGAAAUACGUAAAUGGUACGUAUCAAUUCAAGCAAUGUCUUGAAGAUGCCUGUAAUGAUAUGCGUGAUGUCUUGCAGACAGAACUUUCUGCCCAAGCCAAGUUGUAAUAGAAAUAGAAAUAAAUAGCAUAUAUUAUUAUCAUUAUUAUACAUAAAAUGU